UGAAUUUUAUUAAUUGAGUGUAUGUGUGUGUAUACAUAUAUAUAUUGAUGUAGCUUCCUUUCUUUUCCCUUUGUUAUCAUCUUCUUCAACCCUUUUCCGAUGAAGCUUCUACCAAGGUCUCUUUUUUGGUUUUGUUGUCAUCAUCACUGUACCUUCCAGUUUAUCGUCGUCAUUGCUCCCAUCUAGUUGUUGUCAUCACUGCUCCUUGAAUAAAAAGGACUACUCUGCCUCUUUUCGUCACCAGGUGAAAUACCAAAGAAGAGAAGACUCUACAUUUGUUGUGUAUUGCUUUCUCCUUCUUUCUCCAAAUAUGAUAUUUGUCGUGCGGUGAUUUUUGCAAUGUGCCUAAUCCCUCUUUUCCAUAUCUAAUUGCCGCUAUGCAUCAUGCAUCGUGGUUUAGAUCUAAUCUUCUUUGAUGUCGUUGUAAUUAAAAGCUUCAUUGUAGGACAUCUUUCGACCUAAAUCAAAAGGUCUUGGGUUAUUGGGAGAAUGACUAUUGAAAAGCUACAAGAUAAGCACCAAAAUUAUGAACUGAAAUGGAUAUGGUUAAACUUGCAUCAGCGUGACAACGUUCCGAUCUCUCGUCAUAUGGCAUUACAAGCCCCAAUGUGAAUCCAACAUUCUACCAAAUUUCCACAGGAUAGCUUCAAAACGUUUUCAAAGCAACUGAUUCUAAACAAUUGCAUUACUUACACAAGAAAGCUUUGACUCAUCUCCUUCGGUAGAUCCAUUUGCAGCAAAGUAGUCGUGGACGAAUAAAAGCCACAAACACAUUCUCCAACUUCCACCACUUAUUCCAUGGCUGAACUUCCCAAUUCCAACCCCUUCUUCAAGCAACCGCCCUUCUUCUUAACGUAUAAAUCAGCAACCUCUAGACCACCUCAACAUCUAAAGUUUUCCAAAUAUGGGUUUGAUUCUCGGAAAGAUCAGUGUCGAAACCCCCAAGUACGAGCUGAUUCAAUCCACUGCCGACUACGAAAUCCGCAAAUACGAGCCAUCAGUGGUGGCCGAAGUCACCUACGAUCCGACCCAGUUCAGAGGCAACAGAGACGGUGGCUUCACCGUAUUAGCCAAAUACAUCGGAGCCAUUGGUCAGCCACAGAACAUCAAGUCCGAGAAGGUGGCCAUGACGGCGCCGGUGAUAACCAAAUCGGAGAAAAUUCCGAUGACAGCUCCGGUGGUGACGGGGGGCGGCGGUGGCGAAGGGAAGCCGAUGACGAUGCAGUUCGUGCUACCCAGCAAGUACAAGAAGGCGGAGGAGGCUCCUAAACCGGUGGAUGAAAAUGUUGUGAUAAGGGAAGAAGGGGAGAGAAAACUCGCCGUCGUGAGAUUCAGCGGAAUUGCAACGGAGGGAGUAGUGGCGCAGAAGGUGGAGAAUCUAAAGAAAAGCUUGGAGAAAGAUGGGCAUAAGAUGAUUGGGGAUUAUGUGUUGGCAAGAUAUAACCCACCUUGGACAUUGCCUUCUUUGAGAACUAAUGAAGUUAUGAUACCAGUAGAGUGAUUUGAUUUGAUUUGAUUUGCAGCGUUUUUAGGCAUUCUGUGUUUGAUUUUGAUGUAUGUAGUAUCAUUUCUAAACUCUGUUUCUUUCUUCUGAAUAAUACAAUCAUAUGUAAAGAUAAA